CUCACAGCGUUCCACCUCAGGUCAGUGCCUCCUCACCCCUCAGCUCAGCUCACCCCCACUGGAAGCUUGGGAGAAAAAAUUAUGUCAGGGUCGAGCACCAGCUGCCGCUUCCCUCUACUACUCGCCUUGCUCCUCUUCCUCCUCGCCGGCGAGUGCCGCUCCCAACCCGGCGGCGGCGGCGACCGCGACACGCUGCUCGCCAUCAAGAAGGACUGGAGCAGCCCCCCGCAACUCCAGUCCUGGGACCCCGCCGCUGCUGCCAACCACUGCACCUGGAAAGGCGUCACGUGCGCUGUCGGCGGCGGUGGGGUUGUCACGGAGCUCUCCCUCACGGGCCUGAACCUCACCCGUCCUGUCCCAGCGUCCGUGUGCGCGCUCAAGAACCUCACCCGCCUCAACCUCUCCUACAACAACCUCACCGGCGCCUUCCCCGCCGCCGCGCUCUACGCCUGCGCGCAGCUCCGCUUCCUCGACCUCUCCAACAACCUUUUCUCCGGGGUGCUCCCGGCCGACAUCGACGGCCUCUCGCCGGCGAUGGAGCACCUCAACCUCUCCACCAACCACUUCGCCGGCCAAGUGCCGCCGACGGUGGCGCGGCUCCCGGCGCUCAAGUCCCUGCUUCUCGACACUAACCGCUUUACCGGCGCGUACCCGGCGGCCGAGAUUAGCAAAAUCACAGGGCUCGAGAUGCUCACGCUGGCCAGUAACGCGUUCUCGCCAGCGCCCGUGCCGCCGGAGUUUGCCAAGCUGACCAACCUCACCUAUCUCUGGAUGUCCAACAUGAACCUCACCGGGAAGAUUCCGGAGGCGUUCUCCAGCCUCACGGAGCUCACGCUCCUCUCCAUGUCGUCGAACAACCUCACCGGCGAGAUCCCGUCGUGGGUGUUUCAACACGGGAAGCUUGAGUACCUCUACAUGUUCGAGAAUGGCCUCUCCGGCGGGCUGACGAGCAACGUCACGGCGGUGAACUUGAUUGAGCUUGACCUGUCGAUAAAUCAGCUCACCGGAGAGAUACCGGAAAGCUUGGGGAAUCUCAAGAACCUCACCUUGAUGUUUCUUUACAAAAACCAGCUCACUGGUACAAUCCCGGCGAGCAUCGGGCUGCUACCGAAGCUCAGAGACAUUCGGAUAUUCAACAACCAGCUCUCUGGUGAGCUCCCGCCAGAGCUCGGUAAGCACUCGCCGCUCGCCAACCUCGAGGUGGGUAACAACCACCUCUCCGGCCCGCUGCGGGAGACGCUCUGCGCCAACGGGAAGCUCUACGACAUCGUCGCCUUCAACAACAGCUUCUUCGGCGAACUCCCGGCCAACCUGGGAGACUGCGUCCUGCUGAACAACCUGAUGCUCUACAACAACCUCUUCUCUGGCGACUUCCCGGCGAAGAUAUGGUCGUUCCCGAAGCUGACCUUGGUGAUGAUCCAGAACAACAGCUUCACCGGCACUCUACCGGCCGAGAUAUCCUUCAACAUCUCACGGAUUGAGAUAGGGAACAACAUGUUCUCCGGUUCCUUCCCGACGUCGGCGACGGGGCUGCGCGUAUUCCAUGCGGAGAAUAACAGGCUCGCCGGCGAAUUGCCGUCUGACAUGAGCAAGCUCGACAGUCUUACUGAUUUGUCAGUGCCCGGCAACAGGAUAACUGGUUCCAUACCAACAUCGAUCAAGCUGCUGCAGAAGCUCACUUCACUCAACCUGAGCGGCAACAGCUUAACCGGCGUGAUACCGCCGAGGAGCAUCGGGCUGCUCCCAACGCUGACGAUGCUUGAUUUGUCCGACAAUGAUCUCACAGGCAGCAUACCGUCGGACAUAAGCAACUUGUUCACCAUACUGAACCUGUCAUCAAACCAGCUCACUGGCGAGGUGCCGGCCGCACUGCAGAGCGCGGCGUACGACCGCAGCUUCCUCGGCAACCGGCUCUGCGCCAGGGCGGACUCGGGCACAAACCUCCCGACGUGUCCAGGCGGAGGCCGGGGCGCCCAUGACGAGCUGUCCAAGGGCCUGAUCAUCCUCUUCUCGAUGCUAGCCGGCAUUGUCCUCUUCGGCAGUGUCGGCAUCGCCUGGCUGCUCUUGCGGCGCCGGAAGGACAGCCACGACGUGACGGACUGGAAGAUGACGGUAUUCACCCAGCUGAACUUCACCGAGUCGGAUGUGCUCAACAACAUCCGCGAGGAGAACGUGAUCGGCAGCGGUGGGUCCGGAAAGGUAUACCGCAUCCAUCUCGGCUCCCACGGUCGCGACGUGGAGGGCGGCGGCAGGAUUGUGGCCGUCAAGAGGAUCUGGAACUCAAGGAAGCUGGACGCGAAGCUGGACAAGGAGUUCGAGUCGGAGGUGAAGGUCCUGGGCAACAUCCGGCACAACAACAUCGUGAAGCUGCUCUGUUGCAUCUCCAGCCAGGACGCCAAGCUGCUUGUCUACGAGUACAUGGAGAAUGGCAGCCUCGACCGGUGGCUGCACCACCGGGACCGCGAGGGCGCUCCCGCGCCGCUGGACUGGCCGACGAGGCUGGCCAUCGCCAUUGACGCGGCCAGGGGGCUCAGCUACAUGCACCACGACUGCGCACAGUCGAUCGUGCACCGGGACGUCAAGUCCAGCAAUAUCCUGCUCGACCCGGACUUCCAGGCCAAGAUCGCCGACUUCGGCCUCGCCCGGAUACUUGUCAAGUCCGGCGAGCCCGAGUCCGUAUCAGCCAUCGGCGGGACAUUCGGAUACAUGGCGCCAGAAUAUGGGUACAGGCCAAAGGUGAACGAGAAGGUGGACGUCUACAGCUUCGGUGUCGUCCUGCUAGAGCUGACAACAGGCAAGGUUGCCAACGACAGCGGCGCCGAGCUGUGCCUGGCGGAAUGGGCGUGGCGGCGGUACCAGAAAGGUGCUCCAUUCUACGACGUCGUCGAUGAGGCCAUCCAUGACCCAGCCAACCUGCAGGACAUCCUGUCGGUGUUCACGCUCGGCGUGAUCUGCACGGGGGAGAACCCCCCGGCGCGGCCGUCCAUGAAGGAGGUCCUGCACCACCUCAUCCGGUGCGACCAGAUGUCUGCCGAGGCGGCGUGCCAGGUGAACUAUGAGGGCGGCGGCGAGCCGCUCCUCGAGGCGAAGAAGAAAGGCAGCCAGCGACGGAGCAUGUCGCACUCCGGCAGGUGGGACGAAGACGACGAGGACAGCGGCAACUUCGUGGUGCAUGCGGUUUAGUCAGACAUUCGCCCUGCAAGAGCAAUUCAGGUCAGGUGCAGUGCCGAGUACAUAGCUACAGCCAGCUCGUCCAUGGAGAAAUGACAGCAGGAGCCUCAGUCAUUCAAAUCUCCAGCUAGUACAAAUACUUAAGUUAUGCAUUAUCUAGGACUGCGACUCCAGGAGGCUGUAAGUUAGCAGCUGUACCAUAUGUCGAUCUUCCAUGAGGCAAGAACGCAAGUUCUUGGAGUUGUUUGUGACCACAAUUAAGAGCGCGAAUACUGCGCAAUAACACGAUAUGUGAAUCCAGCUGUUUUGAGCA